AUGAAAGGCCCGGAACCCUUGCACAAGAUCGAAGGAGAUUGCUCCACCAUACACAACAAUACGCUCUAUGUCUAUUCGCCAGAUGGCUUCGCAUCAAUACCUUUGGAAAAAAACGGAACCUGGAAGCCACUCCCCUCGCCAGAACAUAGGGUGAUCGGACCUGCCUGCGUCCAGGGUGGAAUCGAUGGCAUCGAAAACGAGGACGACAACAAAGCAUUCUACGUGGUCGGAGGGGCCGGCCCCGCGGGCAACAGCGGCCUUCAACGAUUCUCGUUCAAAGAAAAGGAGUGGAAAACGGUACCCAUGACAGCCCCGGAUAUGAAAGAUCGAACUGGGCAUGGCGUCGGAUACCUCCCCUCAACUUCACAAAUAUUGGUCUACGCGGGAGCCACAGAUGGGAGCAAACAGAUAUCUCAGUCGACACUCGUUAUCCCAACGAAAACGCAGCCUUUCGACGUGUGGUCCAAGCCUGACCAGGGGGCACCAGCAUCGUAUGAGCCCAUAAUCAUGCCUUGGAGUGAUUCCCAAGUCGCCUUGAUUCGUGGUUCUGAAACCAAUACUGCCAUCUUUAUCUAUGAGGAUGAGAAAGGUUGGACCGUCUCGGAAGCGACUCUUCCCAACGGCAUUCCAAGCUCUUCCCAUUGCGCGCUCGCCACAGACUCGCAUGGGAACAAGGUCCUUGAGGUGUUUGACAUGGUGGCUGUUCCGAACAGUGUCACUGGCUACCUGCUCAGUUCUAAAGGAAAACCACAGAGCCCGGCCUCGGUCAUUGCGCCCUCGCAAAAGAGGGGCAUCACAGAUUCUUACAACGGCACAUUUGCCCCGACGAAAAGUUGGUCGGAUUACACGCUUGCUCAGGGUAGCAACGGUAUGGUCGUGCUCGCCAGCGGCAAGAGUAACGACUCAUUGGCAAUCUAUAACCAGACCUCCAAUGGAUGGUUGAAUUCCACAGAGCUGUUCUAUGGAAAAGAUCAAAAUACGCUCAAACCAUCCACCACCUCAUUCACAUCAUCUACUCCGACACCGACCUCAUCAACAUCCACCUCAACCUCAACCACGCCCACCUCCACAUCAACGUCAGCUGGAAUUGGAGGUGCAGGAUUAAGUAACCAUGGUAAAAUGAUCCUUGGCGCUACUCUUGGAAGUGUGCUCGGGUUCGGCUUGAUCUUGCUCAUCAUUCUUUUCCUGCUGCGACGUGAGAAGAAGAAGAGACAGCCAAACGAGUCUAGUGGCGGUGGCAAUAGCAAGGACCGCCUAAGCUUCCAGGAUCAGGGCAUUGAACCGCUGACCGAAGGCGCCUACCCUAUGGCCAGAUCUCCUGUGCCAGUGGCCCAUGAAAGGGCCGACUCGCUGGCCAUUGUAACCGGAAAUUACAGCAGCGGAGAGAAAUCUCUCAAGCCGCCCGGUGGCAUGGGGUAUGGAUUGUCCAAGGAAAGGGGCAGUCCGCUUUCCACAAUUCCCUCAAGUGGUGUGAUGGGCGCAUCCAGCGUAUACACCGAUGACACCGACCGGGCGGGCAAUAACCCAGAUCAUGGACACCAGCCUGGAAAUCGAACGACCGACGAAGGAUGGGGGAAGUACUUUGAGAACGAAGUUCCCACAAAUGUACAAUCCGACCGCUCAACCGUGAGCUCUGCCUACACCAAGUCCGAUUACCGCGGAAGCGGCUGGCCAAUGACGAGCUUGACACCAUUGAACUUUGGAUUCCUUGACCAGCCUAAGCCCCUCGGCCGCGUCUUCAGCGGCAGCCCGACCACGGAGCACAAUACCCAUGAGAUGGGCAGUCAGAGCCUGGUGAUUCCCGAGAGCCAGUCAGCACGAAUCUCCAGUGUAGAUUCAAUCAGUCUCGCAUCAGAAGACGAGCGCGACGAUCCGAAUUGGCAAGGCGCAGGCCAAAGCAGUUGGCUUGGGCGUCCUACGAGCAGUACCUAUACUUCCAGCGUCUACCAAACGAGCACGCACGACUUGCCUUGGUCAUCGCCAGACACCUCAGGCAAGGGAAGGCAGUCAAAUGCACGAGGCUCCAGCGUGAUCAUACCACCGAAUAUUGAGGAGAUCCCGAUGCACGAACAAAAGAACAAACCUGAUAGCGAUAUGAGCUGGCUCAAUCUUCAGGCUGAUCGUUAG